GAGCCUAGCAUAGCUAUCUGCAAGGGCAACCAGGAGGGGCAGAUCUCAACUAGCUGGGGAAACCUUAUUUCAAUGGUUCUUAGGAGUCACCCCCUCCCCAGGCAAGAGAAGCCUCAAGGGACAGCCUUACCGGCAGCUCUGGAGAGCCCUAGAGAGCCCAGCACUUCCACAGCCUCAGAGAACAGAGAGUCUGGCUCUCCCUCUGAAAGGGCCAUUUUGGGCCUCAAGGACAGGCAGGGUUCCCCUGCUGAGACGGUCUCAGGGGCAGGCACAGGGGUCCUGGCUGAGGCUGGGUGUCGGCCACAGCAGAGAAGUUCUGAGGUGAGUGAGGCUGCAGUGCCCAGGGCCCCAUCUCGGCUGCCUGAGAAGAUGCAGCCUGGGCCUGCUCCUUCCCCCCCUGCUGGGGGAGACCCACAGCCUGUCCCCAGGCCACGGAAACGCAGCAUGUGCGAGAUAGAAGUGGCAGGGAGCUCUGAGUGGAAGGUCGGCCAGGCAGCCCCACGCGAGGGGCCGGGGGAGAGGCCCCGCCCUGUAAGCAGCAGAGGUGCCCUCACAGAGAAACAGAAAGAGGCCCGCAAACUCAUGGUGUUUCUGCAGAGGCCUGGGAGCUGGGGGGUGGUGGAGGGGCCCCGGAAGCCCAGCUCCCUGGCCCGGGAGCCAGCCUUGGCAUCAGCUCUGCAGCGGCGGCUGGACCUUGGCAGCUGCCUGGAUGUACUGGCCUUUGCUCAGCAGCACGGAAAGACCAACCUGGCCCAGGAGACCUAUGCUUUAAUGAGUGACAAUCUGCUGCACGUGCUGGGGGACCCACACCUCUACAGGCAGCUGAGCGGGGCUGACCGAGAGCGCAUCCUGAGCCUUCGGACUGGCAGGGGCCAGGCCGUGCUGGGGGUCCUCGUGCUGCCCAGCCUCUACCAGGUGAGCCGCUCAGGGCUCACAAGGGGCCCUCACAUGGAGGAGGCUCCUGCUGUGGGUCCUGUGCCCCCACCUCUUCCAUCGCACCUGCACAUGUUCAACCCCCAAGAGAACACCUGGCGGCUCCUGACUCGGGUGCCAGAGGAGGUCCCGCUGCGGGGCUGUGGCCUCUGCACCAUGCACAACUACCUGUUCCUGGCGGGCGGCAUCCGUGGCUCUGGCACCAAGGCUGUCUGCUCCAAUGAGGUCUUCUGCUACAACCCCUUGACCAACAUCUGGAGCCAGGUGCGGCCCAUGCAGCAGGCCAGGGCCCAGCUCAAGCUGGUGGCCUUGGACGGGCUGCUCUACGCCAUCGGGGGCGAGUGUCUGUACAGCAUGGAGCGCUACGACCCCCGCACAGACACCUGGACCUCGCGCGCGCCCCUCCCUGCAGGCACCUUCCCUGUGGCACAUGAGGCUGUGGCCUGCCGUGGAGAUAUCUAUGUCACUGGGGGCCACCUCUUCUACCGCCUGCUCAGGUACAGCCCUGUGAAGGAUGCAUGGGACGAGUGCCCCUACAGUGCCAGCCACAGGCGUUCUAGCGACAUGGUGGCACUGGGGGGCUUCCUCUACCGCUUUGACCUGCUGCGUGGCGUGGGUGCCGCUGUGAUGCGCUACAACACAGUGACGGGCUCCUGGAGCCGAGCAGCCCCCCUGCCCCUGCCAGACCCUGUCCCGCUCCGCUGUACGGUGCUGGGCAACACCAUCUACUGUCUCAACCACCAGGUCACCGCCACCUUCACGGUCUCUGAGGGGACCGCCCAGUUCCAGGCCAAGGAGCUGCAGCCCUUUCCCCUGGGGAGUAAAGGGGUCCUCUGCCCAUUCAUCCUGACUCUGCCCCCCGCGGACCCGAUGCAGACUGCUCUCUGA